AUGUCGGAGAUAUUGUGCAAUUUUUCGAGUGAAACUCGAUCGAUAAUCAACGGGUAUGAUGCCCCAAACAGACCCUACUACGUGCAGCUGGAGAUGAUCGCGGACUACAAUGGCCCUAGAGGAAUUUGCGGGGGAACAAUCAUCAGCUCCAGAUACGUUCUCACGGCCGCACACUGUCUUGAUGAGUUCGUCGAUGUCGAAGUCCUUGUCGGUGAUUUCACGAUCUCCAGUUCCCCGAAGCAAAGAAUACGAGGCAACAAACUGAUCAUCCACGAAGAAUAUGAGGCAAAGAACAUCCCAUUCCGUGACAUAGCUCUCAUCAAACUUGGUCAGUCAGUAAGUGGUCGUCUCAGCAUUCCAAUGUGCCAAAAAACGGACUCUGGUCAUAGAAUGGUAGCCACAGGAAUGGGAUUGAUUGACGUUGAAAAGGAAACUAAAGCCGAAGUUCUGCAAGAAACGGAGCUUGUGGAACUUUAUGAAGGAUACUAUUGCGAUGAUGAGUCAUUUAUAUGCGCGGGACCAAAAAGAAAGCCAACCAGUGCAUGUUUUGGAGACUCAGGGGGUCCGCUAGUUCUUUUAAAUGAUUCGGGCGAUGUCAAAUGCCUCUAUGGAGUCGCCGAUGCGGUGGGUCUUCCCUUCUGUUACAGUCGAACCUACUUCGCACGAGUUUCUUCGUACAGAAAUUGGAUCGAAAACAACAUGUGA